UUAUGCUUUAAUGAGACGUGGAGUUAAGAAAAAGUAGUCAAGUGUUGGAUCAUGCAACGGUACUGGCUGUGCCGCAACAUGAAACGCUAUCCUCUCGUGCAUAAGAUACGGCGUUAUUAUGUUGAUUGAAUUUCUGAUAGAUAACAAGACAGGGGUAGAUGCAAAAGUUUGUUUUAUUCAUUAUCCCUGUUUAAUAUCUAUGUAUCCUUACUGCUUUUAUCCGUUCAGAUAGAGCAUAAUGGCCAAUCUUGUUUUUGACAUUUUUAAAUAUAUAUAUAGCCUAUAUAUUAAAGGACUUAAUACAUAAUAGUAUGUUUGUUCAUAUAUUGUUUAUAAGAAAACUAGGCUACCUGUCCCAACGUUUCGAGAAUAAAUAGGUUUGGCGAAUUCAAUAAGACCUGAAGAACACGAAACUUGAGAUCAUCGUUUAGGUUUACCGUGUAGAGUCUAGCCUUCCCUUGAAAUAGAUAAACUACUAAAGAAGAGCAGAUAAAGUCUUCUUCAUUUUCAACAUAAAUUAUAGUUCUGGGUCACUUUUGGAAACAAUAAGAAAAAACUUUUAAACUACUUCAUCACUACUAAUGAAUACGGUUUUUACUUUUUUUGUCAUGUCCUAAUUGACUUUGUAAUAAUGCAUUUUAAUAUUAAAAUGUUUUGUUAGUCUGUGUGCAUGUAGCCAUAUAUAUUUUUGAAUGUUAUAUUUUCAUGUAUGAUUAAACUUAUUUUAUAUUUGAACCAUAGUUUAUACCUAUUUGAAAAAGGAGGGAAAUGUCAGCUAUUCAUUCUUGAAGUUUGCCAAGUUGUGUGUUCUCUCUCUUAUGUUUAUAUCACAGAGAGAAAGAAUGAGAUGUGUUUCUAAUGGUCUAUGCUUUCCGCUUACACUGGCAUCAAAAGCGUCUCGAGCGCUUUAUGUAGGCGAAUACGCCAUCUAGUGCAAAACUGUUGUAACGUCAUAAAAAGGUAGACGAGAAAUGAUGGAUUAUAUGUAGUUGCUGCUGUUUUACGAGUAUCCUCCUCUGCCAACAUUUUUAGUGAAAAAUGUAAGAUCACGUACAGUUUAUACAGUAAACGUAUACAUUUGAGCCUGAUAAGUUUUUAAUGUUUGACACCCUCAGGAUGUUUCCAAUUCCUAAGAAAGUUCCCGGAAAAACACUCAAUCUCUACUAACAUAUCAGUGGCAAAUCUUAGAUAAUAUUUCCAGUUCGUCAAUGCCUGCCCUUUCUCCUGUUACGAGAAAAGACGCAACUUAUACAUAAAUUAUUACAGCGCUAAUGUUUAAUUUGUCUUCUGCCUUUCAGCUUCAGAGCCUCAUUCACAACACAAUCAUGUGAACUACAAAGCUUGUUAGUAUUUGAACAGCACCUCAGAAUAGUUAACUUAUUUAUUAGUAGUGUUUAAUUGAUUGUUGCUUUGUUUUCUAGAGAUAAUGUAGAUCGACGUAGAUUGCUUUGGUAGUUUGGGGAAUUUGUGAUUUAUUUAAAAUAUAGCCUAGCAGCUUUGAAUUCCAAGGGAGUGUAAACUAAGUUUCAAAGUCUAGGGCCAUAAAAUUGGGGUAACUUUUCCACAGAGACAUUUCAUUGCAGCCCUAAUCUGCAGGUGCACAAAGAAGGAAAAGACAAAUGUUUCUCAAAAUGUGCUUAUGCGCUAGUUAGUGUUCCCAAUUUUGGCCUAUUUGUUAGAGCUUGUGAUUAGGGAUUUCGUUAUGGUUAGACAAGAUCGAGUACUGUUAUGCUUUAAGGUUCAAUUCUUGAACAAGCACCAGUUGAGUAAACAUACAGUAAGUUAUUUUGAAGUUGCUUCUUGUUUGAUCAGAUGUAACCAUUAUGGAUCGCAUGUUUUAAUGUGUAUCAAAGUCCGAAUGAUAAUUAGCAGGUGAGACACCUGUGUGAGCUUAGGUGAUGCACACCACACUGUUCAUGUCAUUGAAGUAUAGAGAAGCAAUCAGAAAUCUUUUUGUUAUUCUACAAAGCCUUCAUCUUCAAUCCUUUGUUGAUCCUUUUAUAUAUUUAAUUACACAUUGUUAAAUGUCUUCGCAUCUUAGACCUUUCUCCUUUUUCUAUAGAGUGCGAGGACUAAUAUAAAAGUGUCUGUUACCACUAUACUUUCAAGUUGGAGGAGCUUUAUAUAUCUGUCAUCACUGGAUUUCUUUACUAAUCCCUCUGUGGCAUGGAGACUUAAGCAAAUACAGUUGUGGGGGUAUCGGGAUCACGGAGACCAAACUAUCCUGUCCUACCUGCCCCCUCUCCAAACAAUUGAGCAGGUGCAAUGUGCUCUUUCUCGCCAAACCAAAGAGCUGCCACUCAUGUCCAACCGAGGUACAAUCAUGUUUUACAGUAAAAGAUGUUUCGACGUGCUCUUGCCAAGCCCCGAGCACAUGGAUCAAAUACAGCUGUGUGAAUGUAGUAUGUCAUCAAGCCUUCUGUAUAUGUUGUUUUGAGGUAGAGAGUUCACUAAAGGUUGCAUGCAUUCUCAUAAGAUAGGUUUGAUUGAUGUAAACCUUGUUUGUAGAAUAUUCAAUGACUUAAAAUGAAUCUGGCUUCAAAGGUGGUAGAAAAAAAAGGCAUAAAUUAGCUUUGACAAUCGAAUGGGGUUCGUUUUGCAUUAAAGUCUUCAUUUUAGAUAUUUAAACACACCUGAAAGAGUGAUUAGAUUCUUUACAUAAAGCUUAUUAGCACAUUACCACUUUGCUCCUCUGACCCAUGAAAAACCGCUCCCUGUACUCCCAUAUGUACACAAAUGCACGCAUCGUGUUUGCACAUCGUAUGUUGACAGGAUAUUGAAAUUGCACGCAAUUCGAACACAAACACGGUCAACAUAUUAGCGCAGAACAAACACAUCUGUCCAGGUAAUCUUGUCUUCUCGCUCUGCUUUGAAUGAGACAGAAGGUCUCGGUUAUUGCCAACUCAGUCCCAGAGCAAUAAAGUGAUUCAUUGUCUAGAUUACGUUUUAAGAGGAAGUUGAUUGAGAGCAUAAUCCAUAUUGAUUCUCUUGAUGGAAACAGGAAAUAGCAGAGUUAGAAAUAAAAUCGUUUGUUGUUCCCACUGAGAAGGGACCCCAGAGGAAAAUGGAAAGCAAUUGUGAGCUGAUGAGUGGCACUGCCCCUAGCAUCGCUUCUUCCAGCCUCACCGCCCUUUUCCUCUCAUCCCCCUCGGAGACCAGCCAGAGACGUCAUUAGGGUUGUUGUGCUCCUGGUCUCCGCCCCCUGCUACACAUCGGUGCUCUAGUCUAAUUAGGAGGUAAAGAUACAAUUUAGUCAAUGUUGUUACCUGAAGGCCUUCUCCUUUGACAAUAACUGACCAUCAUCUCACUGUGACGUGAAGCCGGUUGGCGCACCUCUGAUGUAUUUAAAGUUGCCAGUAGGAAUCGGAUGAGAGAUGGCAUCCGUGCUCCACCUGCUGUCAGGAAGGGCAAGAGAAGGGAUUUGGUUGUCAGCAUGACUGAUGCUGGUAUCUCAUUCAGAGGCUUCUGUAAUAUAUAUAAAUACCUCUCUCAUUAGGGAGCCGACAGAUGUUUGUUAAUUGGGAUCAUCCUGAAACUGGGGCGGUUAGUGGGCUGUGUGUGUGUGUAAACCCACAUUAAGGUUGUCGUGAGAGCAGCGACGCUGACAGUGAUCCAUCCAUCCUUACAGACGUGACAUAUCUGGAGGAAUUUCGAAUAAAAUAAAUAAGCCAGAAUUAUUGAAUAAUCCACAGACAGGCACUUUAAAUUCCUUGCUAUAUUCGGCCGAGGUAAUUGCUGACAAUGUAAGAAGCUUUUUUCCAUUACUGGGAAAGCUGACAGACUGAAGUAUCUUUUCAUGCCUGCAGAAGCAGCUUGUACACACAUUUUGUGCAGCGCCUGAUUUGAUUAGGAUUGAUCUGUUCUCCACAGCUGUAUCCUCAGCUUUUUUCCAUGCUUGUUUUUGACCAUUUGCGAGAGGAGAUUAAAGAUGCCCCCACCUCAUCUCCCUUGCCAAACGCACACAUUGGCACAUACACCCUCACACACAAAUGCACACGUACCCCUCGUGGACCGCAACGUCACUGAGCAAAGGGACUUUGAGCUCAUUAAGCAGAGGGCUGUGAUAUUCUGAAUCGAGACUGUGGGACUCCCAGCCGGCCUAUUUAUAGAAAGCACAUCUCCAUGGCAGUCAUCGCUGCGCUAGCAAAUCGCAGCCGUGGCCCCAGACACCAAUUAAGAAUGAAACAAAUGCCUUUUAGACUGGGCGUGUCCCUCCUUCUCUCCUGUACUGCCUUCUGCUCUGAGAGCGGCGGUCCCUCCCUCUGCCUCGUCCUGAGGCGGAGCGGGGCACCGGUAGGACGGCAGCAAGCGGAGAACUGGCGAAGCCUUGCUGCGGAUCUGGAUAUUUUUAAAUGCCCCCCAUCCCCCACCUCACCCUCCUUAGAAAAGUGAGAGUGAUGCUUAUCUAUUUUUUGGUUGUUGUUGUUUAUGAAUGCUCCCCGGCCCAUUCAUAUGCACUGGGAUGCCAUUGGAUGCAAUGAAUUGCAGUGACUCAUAGAGGGACUUCGGAGAGUUCCAACAGGUUAGAAGAGUGAUGACCAUCCUGUUCGUUACUAUGGUUAUUUCAUACUUCAGUUGCAUGAGAGCUGCGCCCAUGAGAGAGAUCCCGGGUGUGCAGGGGGGCCACCGGGCUGAAGGCUACCUGGGCGCUGCUGCCGCGGCGGCCGCCGCAGCCGCCGUCACAUCGGGCAGCCGGGGCCACGGGACUCCACAGAGCGGUGGGGGGUUGCCCUCGCUCACGGACACUUUCGAGCAGGUGAUCGAGGAGUUGCUUGAGGUGGAAGGGGAGGCAACGCAGCAACUGGGCCCCGGGGCCGACCAGGGCCAAGGAGGGGGUGGUCCCGCAGCAGCGGUCGCAGCGAACUCGAAGGACGUUGACCUGUAUGCCUCGCGGGUGAUGAUCAGCAACCAAGUGCCUUUGGAGCCGCCGUUACUCUUUCUCUUGGAGGAAUACAAAAACUACCUGGACGCCGCCAACAUGUCGAUGCGCGUGCGGCGGCACUCGGACCCCGCGCGGCGAGGGGAGCUCAGCGUUUGUGACAGUAUUAGCCAGUGGGUGACAGCUGUGGACAAAAAGACGGCCAUAGAUAUGUCGGGCCAGACAGUCACCGUUCUGGAGAAGGUCCCCGUGACUAACGGUCAGCUGAAGCAAUACUUUUACGAGACCAAAUGCAACCCCUUAGGGUACACAAAGGAGGGCUGCCGAGGAAUAGACAAGCGGCACUAUAACUCACAAUGCCGGACAACCCAGUCUUACGUGCGAGCCCUUACCAUGGAUAGCAAAAGGAAGAUCGGCUGGCGGUUUAUACGGAUAGACACUUCGUGUGUAUGCACAUUGACCAUAAAGAGGGGCAGAUAGUGUACACAAUGUAUAGAUUUUAUUGAGAGUUCUAAAAAAGAGAAAGAGAAAAGAGAAAAUAUCUAUUUGUAUAUAUACAUAACAGGGUAACUUAUUCCGUCAGAUGAAAAUUUUAUGGACUGCAUGUAAAAAAGAUGAAGUUUAUACAGUAAAAGUGAUACUACAGUCUAUUUAUUGAACAUAUUCAUGACCUUGUAAACAAUUAAAAAAAGAUCUGAUCAGUCAUUUGCGCCCAGUUCAAAUUACUAUAUCACAUUCCUCAAAACAUUGUGUUUUUUACGUUGCCAAGAUUUUGAGAGAUGAGGAGAGGAGGGGUGAGGAAGAAUUACGUUCAAGAAAAAAAAAAGAAAAAACUUGCAUGCUGCUUCAAUCGUGAAUUGAGAAACUGUCCACUUUGGGAAAACAAGUGAUUUCCGACCAAAACAUUCCGUUUACAUUCUCAACCGUAACAGGAUUUCCUCCUCUAAGUACUCUUGUCUGUUUACUAUCCUCAAUUUCUCAAGGUAAUGUUGGAAAUACAUACUAUGUAAAGGUGCUGUUGUCAAAGCUUUGCUGUUUAUUUUUUUAUCCCCACAAGAUGAAAAAAAAUAUAUAAAAAUAUAUAUAAAAUUUA